AUGAAAGCAGCAGUGAUAUCAGGAGUUGAAAAUCCAUUAAGUAAAAUUAAAGAAAUUCCAAUCCCUGAAAUUAACAAUGAUCAAAUAUUAAUAAAAUCUCAUUCUUUUGCAGUUAAUCCAACUGAUUGGAAACAUGUUGAUUACAAGAUUGGUCAAAAGGGAGAUGUUUUAGGGAGUGAUGUAAGUGGGGUAGUUGAGAAAGUUGGAUCUAAUGUUAAACAUUUGAAAAAGGGAGAUUAUGUUGGAUCAUUCGUAAGUGGUAAUAUUUCGAAAACUAAUGGUGCAUAUGCUGAAUAUGUAGCUUCUAGUCCUAAUUCUACUGCAAAAUAUGAACAUUUAAGUAGCGAUGCUGAUGGUAAACCAGGUCCAAUAAAGACCUUUGAUGGUGCAGCAAGUGUAACUUUAGGUUUAGUUACUGUUGGUAUUUCUUUCAGUUAUUAUUUAAAUUUACCAAAAAAUAAAAAAGAUGGAGACUUCAUUUUAAUUUGGGGUGGUUCAACUGCAACUGGUAUAUUGGCUAUUCAAUUAGCUAAAUUAAUUUACGGGUUAAAUGUAAUAGCUACAGCUUCACCAAAAAAUCAUGAAUUUUUAAAAUCUUUGGGAGCUGAUUAUGUCUUAGAUUAUAAUGAUUCACAAGUAUCUCAAGAAAUAAAAGAAGUUGCAAAAGAUAAAUUAAAAUUCGCAUUAGAUACAAUUGCACAACCAGAAACUUUUCAAAAAGUAUACGAUGCUACAUCAGAUACAAAGGGAGAUAUAUAUUUAGACUCCUUGUUAUUAUUAAAAGGAGAUUCAAUACAAUUAGAUUCUUCAAGAGAUAACGACAAAAUCCAUUACGGUCAAACAUUAGCUUAUCUCGUGGUUGAUGAAGAGAAACAAAUGGGUGCUACUAUAAAAAGACCUCAUGAUUUAUUAGAUCAUUAUUUACCUUGGUGGAAUGAUGUUUUGCCUAAAUAUUUGAAAGAUGUAAAACAUGGUAAUUUGAAGAUUUUAAAAGAUGGAUUGAAAAGUGUUGAUGAAGGGUUUAAAUUAUCUAAACAAGGUGUUUCUAAUGAAAAAAUUGUUUUUAGUUUGUGA